UUUUACAAUUAGUUAAACAUUAUUAAUAAUAUUACUACUAUAGACUAGUAUUGACAACCAAUAUUGUACGUCUAUUGCAGUAAUAUUGUAUCCUGAUUGAUCUAACUUGCGCUUAAUUUGAAUUCCCUGGACACCAUUCCUCGUAAAAUCGUGACGAUCCAUGGAAAACUGGGACAGGUGGCAUGGGAACCCUAAUUGUCUAGGCUUAGAGGAACAACACGGUGUGCCUGUUGCAUCACAGCAGUGUGCGUGUGUACUGCCUGAAGGUGCACCAAGGAUGAUAAAAUAUGGAUCCCGGAAGUCCCUGAUCCAGGAUCCUGCAUAUUUACUCACUCAUAGUACUGCCUGCGCCUCAGCGCCGACUCACAGAGCUGGAGGUGUUUCUGCGGGAUAAACAACGAAAGCCACACCAGCCUGAAAAUGGGCAACUCUGACUCUAAACUUAAUUUUAGAAAAGCAGUGAUACAGCUCACCACCAAAACACAGCCUGUGGAAGCGACAGAUGAUGCGUUCUGGGACCAGUUCUGGGCAGACACGACCACUUCAGUGCAGGAUGUGUUUGCACUGGUGCCAGCGGCUGAGAUCCGAGCCGUUCGGGAGGAGUCCCCCUCAAACCUAGCCACCCUCUGUUACAAGGCGGUGGAGAAGCUGGUCCAGGCCACGGAGUCUGGCUGCCCCUCACAGAAGGAGAAGCAGAUUGUGCUGAACUGUACCCGCCUGCUCACCCGCAUCCUGCCCUACAUCUUCGAGGACGCAGACUGGAGGGGCUUCUUCUGGUCCACAGUGCCAGGGGCCGGCCGAGCUGGGGCAGACGAGAGUGACGAUGACUGUGGCCGUCCCCUGGCCGAAUCCCUGCUGCUGGCGAUUGCUGACCUGCUCUUCUGUCCGGAGUUCACCGUCCAGAGCCACAAGAAAGGCAGCCUGGACACUGCUGAGGACAUCCACUCCAUUGACAGCUGUGAGUACAUCUGGGAGGCUGGGGUGGGAUUCGCUCACUCCCCACCACUCAACUACAUACACGACCUCAACAGGACAGAGCUGCUGAAGCUCCUGCUGACCUGUUUCUCGGAGGCCAUGUACCUGGCCCCCUCCUCCGAGAGCAACGUCCUGAACCCCUGGGUGCAGUUCUUCUGUUCCACAGACAACAGACAUGCCUUGCCCCUCUUCACCUCCCUGCUCAAUGUGGUCUGUGCCUACGAUCCUGUGGGCUACGGGAUCCCGUACAAUCACCUGCUCUUCUCGGAUUACCGCGAGCAGCUGGUGGAGCACGCAGGGCAGGUCCUGAUCGUCAUGCUGGAGCACGAGGGCAGCACGGCGGCAGGCAGCCCCACCCUGGACGGCACCACCACCAACACCGCCAUGGACGACCAGGACCCCGUGGGACCCGAUAACCUGUUUGUCAACUACCUGUCCAGGAUCCACAGGGAGGAGGAUUUCCAGUUCAUUCUGAAGGGAGUGGCGCGCUUGCUGACGAACCCCCUGGUCCAGACCUACCUGCCCAACUCCACCAAGAAGAUCCAGUUCCACCAGGAGCUGCUGGUGCUCUUCUGGAAACUUUGUGACUUCAACAAGAAAUUCCUGUUUUUCGUGCUGAAGAGCAGUGAUGUGUUGGAUAUCCUGGUUCCAAUUCUCUUCUACCUGAACGAUGCCAGGGCAGACCAGUCCCGAGUCGGCUUGAUGCACAUCGGAGUGUUUAUUCUGCUGCUGCUGAGCGGGGAGAGGAAUUUCGGGGUGCGAUUAAACAAACCCUACUCCGUGCGAGUGCCAAUGGACAUCCCAGUCUUCACUGGGACUCAUGCUGACCUGCUCAUCGUAAUUUUUCACAAAAUCAUUACCAGCGGUCACCAGCGGCUCCAGCCUCUCUUUGACUGUCUGCUGACGAUUGUUGUUAACGUGUCCCCCUACCUGAAGAGCCUCUCCAUGGUGGCGGCUAACAAGCUGCUGCACCUCCUGGAAGCCUUCUCCACCAGCUGGUUCCUGUUCUCCGCCUCGCAGAACCACCACCUCGUCUUCUUCCUGCUCGAGGUCUUCAACAACGUCAUACAGUACCAGUUCGACGGCAACUCUAACCUGGUGUACGCCAUCAUCCGCAAGCGCAACGUGUUCCACCAGCUUGCCAACCUGCCCACCGACCCCUCCUCCAUUCAGAAAGCCCUGCAGCGCAAGAAGAAAUCCCCAGAGCCCAUCUCCCGCACCAACUCCCAGGAGGGGGUGUCCAUGGAGGGCUCGCGGCCGGCCGCCCCUGCCGAGCCAGGCACCCUGAAGAUAAGCCUCAUCGCCACGCCAGGUAUCGACAAGCUGACGGAGAAGUCCCAGGUGUCAGAGGAUGGCACAAUGAUCUCAGUGCAGCCGACAGACUCUAAUCAGAGCCCUUCAGAUAGCAGCGGGGCUGCAGGGGCCAGUGACACGGAGUCCAACGCUGGGGCCGUAGACGAUGAGGUGUUCUAUGUCAAACCAGAGAGAAGGCGUCUGUCCAGCACUUCCUCUGUGAGUCAGUGGACCCCCACCUCUGACUGGGUAUUAUCCUGGAAGUGCAAGCUGCCUCUGCAGACUAUCAUGCGCCUAUUGCAGGUCCUGGUGCCUCAAGUGGAGAAAAUCUGCAUUGACAAGGGUCUGACGGAUGAGUCUGAGAUCCUCAAGUUUCUCCAGCACGGUACUCUGGUAGGAUUGCUGCCCGUGCCACACCCCAUCCUGAUCCGCAAGUACCAGGCAAACUCGGGCACUGCCAUGUGGUUCCGCACCUACAUGUGGGGAGUCAUCUACCUGCGGAAUGUGGACCCCCCGAUCUGGUACGACACAGACGUGAAGCUGUUUGAAAUCCAGCGAGUGUAGAAGGCAGUGUGUCGAAGCCGGCGGCAGAAACGGGACGGUUGUGUUUUUUGGCUUCCCUGCAAACAACAAACUGUUCAGUUUCUAAGAAACAUCACAUCACUCCUAUUACUAUCUGUCAGGGGGAACGAGGCUGGCUAAAGGGGGGAGAGGUAACCCAGCUGCUGUUCUUGCUGUGAAACAGCUGAGGGCAGUGAUUCAAUAGCCACGUCCCCUAGUGAUUUUGAGUGACCAGUAUAGGCUGAUCAUACUGAGACCAACAGUAACGUACUAUUGCAGUACUGCCAAAAAAAACAUUUAGCAGAUGAAAUUAUGCGAUAAUGAUGUGCCAUUGAGCAGCAGUAUUAUAAAAAAAAAGAAUAAUAAAUUCAAUAAUUACACAAGAUUUCGACACAAAAUAUUCCAAUAUCUCCCCUGUACUUUACAGCGACACUUGUACAUAGAUCACCUUUUGACUCGCUCUAUACAGAAAACAUAUAAUUCCAUUGAAGAGCCACAGAGUGGGAUUGCACAGUCCGGACAGGCAAAGCAGAACCACUGACCCUGAGAAACAGUGGUCAUGUUCAUCUCUGGCAGCAUUUACUGCUUAAAAGGAAACCAAACUGGGUGCUAUUCUCCAAAGAGAUGAUCCUUCUUCAUAGUAGGUGGUGUCUACUCAAUGUAGAAUUCACUACUACUGCGCAGGAAUUUAGAAAUGAAAUAGCUGUUAGACCAGAGCUCUCUUUAGUGAAUAGCAGUACUCCUUCAUUAGUUAUUAAACACAGUAAAAUAGCAUAGCAAGACUUCUGUGUUGCUGCCACAGAGGAAGAAGUAUACUGUGAUUUCUGAAGUGGGUGGUGGUUCUAGGGAAACGUUGACUUUUUGGGCCAGUAGGUAUCUGUUGGCCACUAAGUCACUUUGGUUCACUACAGCAGCUUUCUCAGUACCUAUAAAAGGGAAUGCACAAGUGGAACACAGCUUGAGGUGUUGUCAAAAGAGGACGAGUUCACUUGACCUUAGCGAUCUUGAAAUGUGAGUGUGGAAGAGCUGUGUGCCUGUUAGGAACCCAGACUGCUCCAGCAGCUGCAGUCCGUGUGCCAUGCUCAGUUGUACAUGAUGUGCUGCUGCGGGGUGGUGUUUGUGAAAGACGUCACUCCUUUCUGACUUUUAACAGGCUUGCGCUCUGCAGAGCAGGAUGUUAAAAAUAAAAAAAUAAAAAAAAAUAAUCAAGA